CUGUGUCUGUGAGGUCACCAGUAUACCGGUAGGCUUCAUUAAACUCACAACACCGCAGCAACUUCUGAACUGGACUUGAAUCAUUUCUUCAACAGAACGCAGUGGCCAUGGCACUACGGGGAACAUUUACUUUGCUUUGCUCACUAGCAGUCUUGUCCUCCGCUGGAGCUGAAAAUGAAACUUCACUUCAGAAUUGCACCUCGCAAAUGCAGCUCUUGAAGCGACUAUCAGCAGAUCUCAAGGGGGCGGUAGAGUGUGGUGAAAAGCUGCCGUCUGCAUGGAGUCCACACGAGACGGCUGCUCUGCUGCAGUCCAUCAGGAUUAUGACCGACACGCUGCACAGACACCAGCUGCAAGAAUGCCAAGGUGCUGAGCCAACGAAGUGCCCUGAAGCCGAAGUUCCCCACGGUGGAGGGUUGGUGUGUGUCACAAUAGCCAACAAGCGAUACUGCAAACCUCUGUGCAGCCAUGGUUAUGAUUUUGCUUUUAUCAGGAGGAGUCGUUUGUAUGAUGAAUGCAGUGAGCAGACCGGCUAUAAAUGGCAGACCCAGUACGUAGGAGGAAACAAGCUGGCUGUGUGCAAUGAAGCACCAAUUCAAAUUUCUGGAGCCAAGACAGCAUAUUUCCCUAAAGAUCAGGACUGCCUCACAACAAAGAGCAGCAGCCAACUGCAGAGCGGCAUCAUGGUAGAGUUCACCACUGAGCUGAAGGCUGAAGGUGUACAGGGAGAGCCACAGUCUGCCUGUCUUGUGUGUGGAUGACCACCUGAGGUGGAGAGAUGCAUUUACAAAGUCACGAAUGUUGUGUGGAAGUCCCUCUGAGUUGCACUGAGGGAAAAAAAAGCUUUGCAAGUAGUUAAAAACUGUAUGAAAGACUUAAGUUUGAAGAAUAAAAGUGUUGCUGAUCCUGAA